AUGGACGAUACUUCUUGCGAAGAUUUUAGUCCAAAUCGCCUUAUAAGGGAGUUCUUAUGCGAACGCGUCCUAGUUUUUAAGGAACUCGCGGCUCUGAGGGACGAAGGUUGGGCAAACCCCUCAGGAGAUGACUACUUCAAGCAGCAGCGCAAAAGAGCAGAUGAAGCUGGCCUAAAAGAACAACGUUGGUUCUUUCAUAUGAUGCAGCAAAUCGGCGAUGAGAUGGAAAAUGCUACUGGAUUUCUAUCUCAACUUGUCUGCGAAAAGGAUCCGCCGAAAGUUCUAGAUCUUUGUAUAGCUCCAGGAGGCUUCUCCGCUAUAAUACGACAACGUCUUCCCACGGCCGAAAUUGGCGGCAUCAGUCUUCCACAUUCGAAGGGUGGUCAUAAGCUCCUUUUCGGUCAUUCCGACCCCCGAAUUCGUAUUCUUUUCACGGAUAUCACGAUGCAUUCCUCAGAAAUGGGUGCCACUAGCAUUCCGCCUAAUCACCCCGAGGCGGCUGCUUUCAUACAAUCACGACCCUAUCUCUCCGAGGCCUUUGACCUAGCAAUUUGCGACGGCCAAGUACUCCGUAACCAUCCUCGGCAGUCAUAUC